UAACCGGCUACCACCGCCAUAUUGGGCAUUCUGUGGCGUCGUUUCUCCGAGGUGGUAUGUCGCGAUAUUCGCGUCCACCAAAUUCCUCGCUGUUCAUUCGAAAUGUGCCUGACGGCACAAGACCAGAAGACCUGCGCAGUUUAUUUGGUAAAUACGGGCCGUUAACCGAUGUGUAUGUACCAGUGGACUACUACACACGUAGACCUCGUGGUUUUGCAUACGUGCAGUUUGAAGAUGUUAGGGAUGCAGAAGAUGCCAUGUACUCCCUGGACCGAACCAGGUUCUAUGGGAGGGAACUGGAAAUCGAGUUUGCCCAGGGAGACAGAAAGACUCCUUCCGAAAUGAGGUGCAAGGAACGUUCCAGGAGGACGAGAUCUCCACACAGCAGUAGACAUGACGAACGUCGGCGAAGAUCGCGAAGUCGUUCGCCAUACGGCAGAGAUCGAAGUCCUCGGCGAAGUCGGCGACACUCCUACAGCCAUUCCAGGUCCCGUUCACGGUCCCGAUCCCGUGACCGCAGGCGUGGCAGCUAUUCUCCUCGGAGCCGCGUUAUGGCAACGAAUGGCACUUCUCCUAGGUCCAGGUCCUACAGCAAGUCUCGCUCCAGGUCUCGAUCAUCUCACAAUGGUCGUGCUGGAAAGGACCGUUCACCAUAUCAAGUUGUGGACGACGGCCGGGAGAAGUCCAGGAGUAAAUCUCCAGAGUAGUCGGAACUUCUUUGCACUUCGCUUUGGAUCCAUGAGCAUACUGCAUGGAGGCUGCGUUUAGUGUUUGUGGCCAUUUCUUUCCACCCACCCAUUCGUGGCUUGUUGUGGCAGGCUCCAUACAUACAUUCAUCACUGGUGUUUACUUCUGUACAUAUUUGGUUUAAUAAAACUGCUCAUAGCCAA